AUGUAUAGACGCAUUAGCAUAAUUUUUAUUAUCUUAUUUUAUAUAUUAACAAUAAUUAAUUCACAUAGUUUAAAAAGACAAAAAAGAAUUAUUGGUGGUGGACCAGCUGCAUUACCACCUGUGGAUGAUCCUGUUGUUUACGUAACACGAAGUGAUAGACAAGCACGUAUUUAUGGUACUCGAGAUCCAAAUAAAGGAUUUUAUGUUUUUCGUGGUAUUCGAUUUGCAUUACCACCAGUGGGUUUACAUCGGUUUCAAAGGCCUAUCCCUUUUCAUUUGGAAGGCGAAAUUAAUGCCACAAAAUGGGGACCUCCUUGUCCACAACCUAAUAGCAUCAAUGGCAAAGGAAUUGUGGGAAGUGAAGAUUGUCUCUUUUUGAACGUAUUCACACCUAUGCUUCCAGAUGUUAACGACGGAUAUCCGGUGUUAGUUUGGAUACAUGGGGGUGGUUUUAGAAGAGGUUCUGCUUGUCAAUACGAAAUGCGAAACUUAAUUAAAAAGAAAGUAGUGGUCGUGUCGAUUCAAUAUAGAUUGGGAUCACUCGGAUUUUUGAGUAUGGGUACGAAAGACUUACCGGGAAAUAACGGUAUAUUCGAUAUGACACUGGCUGUUAACUGGGUAAAAGACUAUAUAAAAUAUUUUGGCGGAAACCCAAAACAAAUUAUAGCGUUUGGUCAUGGUACAGGAGCUAGCUCUGCUUUUAUGCUCACAUUAUCCAAAUUAUCGAGAAAUAUUUUUGGUGGGCUGGUCGCUAUGUCAGGUUCGAUUUUAUCUCAUUUUGCAAUUGAUAAAGAUCCUUCAUCCACUGCACAAUAUAUUGCAUCGAAAAAUGGAUGUCCCACGGACAAUACAGUUGAAAUGGUCCGCUGCCUUCAACAAAUACCAGUUAAUAGAUUAAUAGAAGCUGAUUCUAACUUGGAAACUGCACGUUCUGCUAUUCAGGGCUUUAUAUCCAGUUUAUCGACUUUAUUGGGCCCCGGUCCUGUGAUCGAGGGCGACGAUGAUGCAAGAUUUCUUCCUAAUCUUAUCUCUAACACACCAGAAGAUUCCUUACAAUUCGAAGAUUUUCCGGCUAUACCGUUACUUAUGGGAGUUAUGGGUAAUGAACUAGGAGGAGCAAUUUUUGGUGAUUAUAGAGCUGAAGUUGAAAACAAAUUACGUACCAUUCCAAAUUAUUUGAAAGAGUAUCUUAUACCGAAUUUACAAAACACUAUCCCCAAUUUUAAUAAUAGAUCGCGUUUCAUACCGGAAGCUUUUAGUAAAUAUUUUAAUGAUUUUAAUACCCGAAAUAAUACUGCGCAUAUUGCUAAAGUAGCAGAAGCUAUAGGAGAUUCUGUAUAUAACGUUCCUGCCUUCCUUACUAUUAAUCAUUGGGCGAAAAAAACUCAAGCUUUCUUAUACAGUUUCGAUCAUAAAGGAAGUCGAAACUGCGGUAAAAGCUUUUUAGCAGGAUUACCUGCAACAAAAUCGAGAAAUGUUUCAAAUGGUAUAACCAGUCAUGGUGAUGAUCUUGGAUAUAUUUUCAACGAAAAUACUAUUACUGGUGAACCAGUACAAUGUACUGAAGAAUUAAAUAAAGAAAAUGAAAGUGUAGAAGAUAUUUUUACAAAUUUAAUAGUUGAAUUUGCUAGAAAUGCAAAAUCCAAUAUAAGUUCAUCUCAAAAUAGUUCUUUAUUUACAAAUUUACUUCCAAGAUUUUCUACAGCAACCAAUUCAUUUAUUAGUAUUACUUCAAAACCUCAUAUAAUGAAACAAUUUAGAUACUGUGAAAUGGCAUUAUGGACAGGUCUUACAGAACGAUUACAAUCGACUAUGUGUGAAUUUCUCAAAACUACUGUGGAUGUUGUGAAAAAAGCUACUCAAAAUGUUAUGGAUACCAUUGAUAAUCGUAUUAAAAUACCUAAAGAAUCAGUUAUCGGUCUUAUAUCAAAUCAUACUACUUUAAAAGACAUAACGAAAAUAAAUGCCAAUGGUUCAAUUAAAAACAGGAAAUUUGAAAAAGUAGAUUCUAUAUUUAGGAAAUCGUUUCAACGACCAAAUAUAUGA